AUGGGCUUCCUUCAAUCUUCUCUUAGAGAUGAUCAUAACAUGAUGCUGGCAAAUAUUGCUUUUGUUCCAGGACAGCAGCUUUUCUACUACGGAGCGCGCACUUGGCCCGAUGGCGUCCGCAACAUGAUGUACAAGGAGUACGGAGGCAUGCCCAAGGACCUCAAGCCCGAGCACGACUACGACCCCAAGGUGUUGGACAUGCCGGACUCUGCUCAAUACUGGAUGCCCGGCUCCCUUGACUCUCCCUAUUACGGCUCCACUGGCUUUUAG